CGGUUCGUUUCGUUUUUUAUCUGUCUUGUCUGUUUCCUUCGCCGAGUGGUUUUGCAAAGAAAGGCUCGUUUUGAUUAUAUUUUGUUUGUUUGCGCAAAAUUAAUAAGAUACUUGCACUCUAACGCUAUGUGCAAACUGCAGCUAUUGGAAGUUUCCGGAGGAAUCCAAACAAGGACGCCGAGGCGCGGACCUGAGCAAUAGCCAGGAGGCAUGGAAGCUCGAGGCGGAGUACGCAGCAGCGCCAGGCUCAGCGGCGAGGCGGCCCGCAGCGGCGGCAGCGGGAGCAGCGGCAAUGGCCGGCCGGCGGAGGUGGCGGCGGCGGCGGCGGCGGCGGCGGCGCUGCGGCGCGAGCGCGCGGCCGAGCGAGCGCGGGAGGUGGAGGACAGCCCGCGGGUGCUGCGCGACAAGUGCCGCCGACUAGCGCGCGCGCUGCGCAACGCCAAGCACCUUGUGGUGUACACUGGAGCGGGCAUCAGCACAGCGGCGGACAUCCCUGACUACCGAGGGCCGCAUGGGGUUUGGACGCGACUGCAGCGUGGAGAAACUGUAGGGCGCGUGGAGGUGUCGCGCGCGCAGCCCACCUUCACGCACAUGGCGCUCACGGCGCUGUGGGCGCGCGGCGCGCUCAAGUUCGUGGUCUCGCAGAACUGCGACGGCCUGCACCUGCGCGCCGGCCUGCCGCGCCGCGCGCUCGCCGAGCUGCACGGCGACAUGUUCGCCGAGCACUGCGCCGCCUGCCGCCGCGUCUACCUGCGCGCCUUCGACACCACCGAGCGCACGGCGCGCCACGCGCACGGCACGCGCCGCCUGUGCCACGCCUGCGGCGCCGAGCUGCGCGACUCCAUCGUGCACUUCGGCGAGCGCGGCCGCGCCGCCUGGCCGCUCAACUGGGCCGGCGCGCUGCGCCACGCGGCCCGCGCCGACGUCGUGCUGUGCCUCGGCUCCAGCCUCAAGGUGCUGCGCCGCUACCCGCGCCUGUGGCGCAUGCACGCCGCGCCGCGCGCGCGCCCCGCGCUCUACAUCGUCAACCUGCAGUGGACGCCCAAGGACUCGGUGGCCGCGCUCAAGAUCAACGCGCGCUGCGACGCCGUCAUGCGCCAGGUGGCGCGCCGCCUGCGCCUGCGCGUGCCGCGCUACCGCGCCGAGCGCGACCCGCUGCUGGCGCACGCCGAGCCGCUGGCCGAGCCCGAGGCGCACACCACGCGCCGGCCGCUGCUGCGCGCGCCGCCCGCGCCCGCCGCGCCCUCCUCCGACGACCCGUCCUCGCCCUCCGCCUCCGACUCCGACGAGGAGCUGCCGCUGCUGCGCCUGGCCGAGCGCCUGCGCGGGCCCGCCGAGCCCGAGCCGCCCGAGCCCGCGCGGUCCCCGCAGCCGCCGCCGCCGCCGCGUCCGCCCGAGCCGCGAUCUCAACCGCCGGAUUUGCUGCGCGCCUUCCAGGUGAGCAUGCGGUCGGGGCACGCGACGAUCCUGCUGCGAGCCGAGCACGCGCCGUGCGCGCGGCCGCCGCCGCCGGAGCCGCCGCCGGGCUCGCUGCGCAGCUUCCGCAUGGCGCGGCCGCGCGCCGCCGCGCCCCCGCCGCCGGCCGCGCUCGCCCCGCUCAAGGUCGAGAAGGAGGAGGCCGGCGACCCGGAGCCGCCGAACGGGCUCAGCUCGCGGCUGCGCCGGUUGCUGGAGUGCGAGCCGCGGCUCGGCGCCGACGCGAAGCCGAAGCCGGAGCCGAAGCCGGAGCCGAAGGACGAGUCGUCGUCGUCGUCGUCGUCGGAGGACGGCGGCGGCGCGGGCGCGCUGGCGGCGGCCAUCAUCGCGCGCGCCGUGCUGGUGUGCCGCGCGUCGCUGUACCCGGGGCUGCACACCAUCAUCGCGCCGCCGCCGCCGCCGCCGCCGCCGCGCGCCGAGUGCGCCUGGUGCCUGCGGCGGCACGCGGCGCGGCGCUGCCUGUGGUACGGGCCGGCGCGCGGCACGCCGCUGGAGGCGCGCGCGUGGCGGCGCGUGCGCGGGCGCCGCGUGCUGUGCGCGUGCUGCACGGAGGCCGCGCCGGCCGCCGCGCCGCCGGCGGAGGACGGGGGCGGCUGGUACGGCAAGGGGUACCGCAAGGGCCGGCGCCGGCGCAGGUAG